GAUGGAUGAAAUUCAACGCGAAAUCGAUCGUCUCUAUAGUAUAGUAUAGUAUCGUGGUUAUAAAGUUAGCGUGCAUUUGCAACAAAGGCGUAAUAUACUUUCCUAUCGCGUUCCUUCGUCGCGAAUCCCUAUUUUCCUCGAAUCUCUACAAGAAUAUAAACGAGAAAAAUUCCAGAAAGUAACAUAAUUGAUCUGCGAUUAAAUCGAAUGACGUAAAAUUAGAGAGAGAGAGAGAGAGAGAGACGACGACGACGACGACAACGACGACGGCAACGUUGAUGUUAUUGGCAAAAGAAAACGAAGGAAAAACUCGAUUCUAUUUUUACGCUUUUUCUAUGUAAUUGUCAAACAUGUGGAUCGAACGAACGGGGUGACAAAAAAAGAACACGGAUCGCUUUGUGCUCGGGAGGAGAGAGAGAGAGAGAGAGAGAGAGGGGGGAAGACCGUUGUUUAAGUUCCAAGAUAAAAAAGAUGAAUAGUAUGAGAAUUGCUAGUGACAUCCCGUGGUAACCAAAAGGAUCUUUCUACGAACGAUCUCGUUGAGACGCAUCAUUCGUACUUAUACACAUAGAUAAUACAUAAAUAUGAUAGGGGAAAUUGUAUAAUGCGUUAAAAAACAUACACGUCGUCAUCAUCAUCAUCGUCGUCGUCGUCGUCGUCGUCGUCGUCGUCGUCGUCGUCGUCGUCGUCGUCGUCGACAAAACAUGUCGCUUGAAAAGACGAUAUAGAUAUAAUCGUAUUCCGACGAUCUUAGGAAAAGCAAAUUCGUCAUCGUUCCGCGAGCGCAAAGCACGAAGUCACCCCAAUGCCUUUCAUUGCGCGCCGCAUCGUCGUACGUUGUCGCAUCGUCUUUUAAUAGUUCUCCCUGUGACCGGUUUUCCCGUCGUACCGAGACACUCGUUUUACCUCGAAGACGCGCCCUCGUUCGACCUUGAAAUUCUUCUAUAUCGGCACGUAAGCGUUCGAUGUUCGAAACAUCCUCGAUCCUCAGGAUAUCCUCUUCCUUUUGUGCACUAUCACGAGCAGUCGUUCUUUUCCCCUCUUCAAUUCGAAGUAUCCUUAACGAGAAGCAGCUCUGUGAAAUGGCGAAAAAGACGUACGACCUGUUGUUCAAGUUACUUCUCAUCGGUGAUUCCGGAGUCGGCAAGACUUGUAUACUCUUCAGAUUUUCCGAUGACGCUUUCUCUACGACCUUCAUAUCUACCAUAGGUAUUGAUUUCAAAAUCAAGACCGUCGAGUUGAAAGGGAAAAAGAUCAAAUUACAGAUAUGGGAUACCGCUGGCCAAGAAAGAUUUCAUACUAUCACGACGUCCUAUUACAGAGGUGCCAUGGGUAUAAUGCUUGUUUAUGACAUAACAAAUGAAAAAACAUUUGAGAAUAUAGUUAAAUGGUUAAGAAAUAUCGAUGAGCAUGCAAAUGAAGAUGUAGAAAAAAUGAUACUUGGUAACAAAAGUGAUAUGGAAGAUAAACGUGUUGUUAGUACUGAGAAAGGGGAAGCAAUAGCAAGAGAGCAUGGUAUUAGAUUUAUGGAAACAUCGGCGAAAGCUAACAUUAAUAUUGAUCGGGCAUUCAGUGAAUUAGCAGAAGCAAUUUUGGAAAAAAUUCAGGGAAAAGAACCGCAGGAUGCUCCGGAUAGAGUAACUGUCGAUAGAAGGGUGGAGAGAAGUUCCAAUCGGUGCUGCUAAUUUUAUAUUAUUUAUUUAAUGGCGCAUAAUAAACUAUCUAUAUCUAUCUCUACACAUACACACACACACACACACACACACAUAUAUAUAUACAUGUAUAUAUAUGUAUAUAUAUAUACACACACACACACACACAAAUAUAUAUAUAAACGCGUGCCACUUGAAAUAGAUUUGUGGAUAGAUAUAGAACAUAAUUUAAAAUAUAAUAGCAUAAUUAAACUCUUUGUGACACUGCCUGAUCAAAACUGAUUCAGUUAAUUGGAUGUCAAUUGUGGUAAUAACAUUGAGUACAAUUUAAUGAAAGGUUGUCUACAAAUUAUCCAACUUUAUUUUUCAAUGUAAAAUUCUUUCAUUAUAAUCCACAGGCUUCGGAGAAUGAACUGUAAAUGCUAUUUUAUGCAUACAUAAAUAUAUUUGUAAGUGUGUCUAAUGCACGUAUACAGACUGAACCACCGUUGAUGAAGAAAGCUAAUAUAAAAUAUCUAUAAAUAUUAGCUUUAUCGAUAAGGCUUCAUUUUUUCAUACGAAAAUAUGCAUUAGUGGUCGAACAAAGUUAUAUCAUAUCGUUUGUUACAAAGCAAAAAUUUGUUACCAUGAGAAGCAUGAGAAUGAAUGCUAACAUUUUAAACAUUUUUAUCUAUUAUCUAUGUAAACUUUAAUGCUUUUUCAUAUGAAUGUUGCACAUCAUAUGGCUUCUUUACAAUUAAGUUCCAAUUGGAUCCUUUUUAAGUUUAAAUUAAACCAAAAGCUUUUAUCCUAUUUGUGUAAGAAUAAUUUACUAUAAAUAUAAAUAUUCAAGAUUUCGAAA